AUGUUUAACGAUGAGGCAGAAUCAUCGGUUAAUGCUCAAAUUCAAAAAUAUAAAGAAACGGUAAAACCAAAAAUUAGAAAAAAUGGCAGUAAUAGAAAGGAAUAUCUGAAAAUAUAUUGGCAAAAUAAUAAGGAAAAGAAGCGUGGAUAUGAUCGAAAAUACAUCCAAAAUAAUGAAGAAAAAAGGCGAGAAACUGUCCGAAAGUACAACCAAAAUAAUAGAGAAAAGAAGCGAGAAUAUUAUCGAAAAUAUAGAGAAAACAAUAAAGAAAAGAUUCGAGAAAAUGAACGGAAAUACCGACAAAAUAAUAAGGAAAAGAGACGAGAAUGGAAUCGAAAAUAUCGAGAAGAUAAUAAGGAAAAACUGGCAGAAUACCGUCAAAACAAUAAGGAAAAGAGGCGAGAAUGUGAUCGAAAAUAUCGAGAAAAACUGAAAAAUAAAAAGGCAGAUUUACAAAAUAUUCAUUCAGAUAAUGGAGAAACUUCUUUUGCUAAUACACAAAAUGAUGACGAUUUUGGAAAUAAAGGUAAAUUGCCAAUAGUUUACGAAGAGGGCAUUCGGUCUGAAGAGGAAAGUCAUUGUAACUAUGAUGAGGAUGACUAUGAAGAAACAGAAACUAAUGUGGAUGAGCAAAAUCAAGCUGUGGUAGUAGUCCAAAAAUCAAAAAAUGCUUCCAAACAAAAUCCAAAAAUGCUUGUUUGUUCUGAUAAUAAUGGGGAAGGAACUUCUAAUCCAAAAAAAGAUAAUUUUAGAAAUAAAGGUAAAUUGCCAAUAGUUUACGAAGAUAGAAUUCAGUCUGAAGAAGGAAAUCUUAUUUAUCAAGAGGAGGAAAGAGAAACUAAUAUGGAUGAGCAAAAUCAAACGUUAGUAGAAGAGCCGAACAAAAUUCCCGAGAAUUGUACGAAUUUGAUUGAUUUGAAUAAGAAAUAUUGUCCCUUUGAUCUGAACGAGAAACCUGAGGACGAAGAUGAGGACGUUUAUUAA